GAUAGAGUGGAAAAGUCAACGGAUCUUGAUGAUUUAAAUAGUUGAUGCAAAGAUCGUUGAUUUAAUUUUCAUCAGCGGAUUGUGGGAUAAUCUGAUAGAAGAUAUUCUUGGCAGUUUCAAUAACGUCAAAGUCUUCGCGGAAGUUUAACUGUCGUUUGUCAACAGCAGAGUCAUGUUCAAGUACUUGACACUGUUCUGUGCCAUUUUGCUUGUCAGCUUGACGGCAGCCCAAGAUGAGAGAAAAUGUGUCAAUGGCAAGCAGUACUUUGACGGGUGUAAUGAUUGCUUUUGCGGUAAUGGACAUGUACUUUGUACGCUAAAGGCAUGUUUUGAUUCAACUGGACAAGCAGUUCCUGUUCAACAGCCAUCAGAAGACUUCUGGGAACAAUGAGAAUUCACCAUCAGCCAUGUUUAAUUAACCGACAAUUAAUUACAUGUGAAUAUAGUUUUCGAUAGCUCGUGACAUUCAAUUAAUUCAGCGUAAUGACAUCCAUCAAAAUCUGUGUCAAUUGAAUCUGUAAUAAUGUAGUAAAGUGGAAUAGUUCGUCAGUUAAAUUAACAGAAAAUAUAUUUUCUCCCCAGGAUUUUUUUUUGUUUGUCAAAUUGACACAAUUCCACAUAUUACAGUUGAAAAUACGAUUAAGGAAAAAAACUGAAUGAAUGUCUUCAGAGAUAGUGGUAUUAUUGAAUAAAAUUUAGAGCGGUCGCCGGGAUUUUAAAGUGAAA